CGGACAGCUUGUUCGCUCGGGGAACAAAAUAUUCCCCUGUAGAGCAUGAGGCGGUGGCGAGGCGAGACACAAGUUGCUGAAAAGUGCCUUUCCUGAAGCCACCGCUGCUUGGAUUUCUGUCUAGGGCUGCCUCUCUCUGCCCCUCGCCCCCCUCUCUUUUUAAUUCGGCGUUGCUUGCGGUUCGUGCCCUGACGGCAACUCCUCCAGCCUUGCCCCCCCCUUUUUUUUUUUGCUCCCCAUUUACACGCAUUUGCUCAGCCAUUUUAUUUUUUUCCUUCCCCCGAGUAUGUAGCAAAUAUUUAAAAGAAAAGAAAGAAAACAAUUAAGACGUCCUUUUGCUCGUUUUGAUGCUCACGAACCGUAAUUUUUAGAAGCAAGAAAUAGAAGGAAAAAAAAACCUGAAGUUUUCUCCCCAAGGACUGAGACCAUUCCACAAACUGAAGUGCUGCCAGCAGCAUAUGCUUUUUGCAAGAAUAAUUGAAACCAUUAACUGGAGAGCACAGAAUUCUUUUGAAAGUCUGCCAGUUAUUUGCAAGUAACUUCGGCAGUGGCACAAAAUAUAACACUUAUAUUUUAACUUCUACAAUUGCACUUUUAGGAGCUGGCCUCUAAUUUGAUUUUCAGUUGUUCUGAUAAGAUUUCUAUUUUAUGAUUGGCUUUAUGUUUAAUUCUUGUUUAAACAAACACGAUUUGACUUAAAUGAAAACCUAAGUGCUGAUGAAUAGGAGUUCUACCAAAGCAACAAGUUAGUUAUUUCUUCACGUUUAACUUGAAUUCACUUUUUUACCCUUUUUUUAAAAAAAAAGAAGAAAAAAAAAGAUCAGCAGUAAAUACUGCCCUGAAGAAGGGUGCGAUUGCUUGCAUUUUAAUUUUUGUUUUUUAAUAUGGCUGUAAACGUUUCCCUGGUUCGUGAUACAAAAUGGCUGACGUUAGAAGUGUGUCGAGAGUUUCAGAGAGGUACUUGUUCUCGGUCUGAUGCAGAGUGCAAGUUCGCCCAUCCAUCACGGAGUUGCCAUGUGGAAAAUGGUCGAGUUAUUGCCUGCUUUGACUCCCUAAAGGGCCGGUGUACCCGAGAGAACUGCAAAUAUCUCCACCCUCCCCCGCACUUAAAAACACAACUUGAAAUAAAUGGACGCAACAACCUGAUCCAGCAGAAGACAGCCGCAGCCAUGUUUGCUCAGCAAAUGCAGUUCAUGCUACCGGGCGCGCAGCUACAGCCAAUUACAACGUUUCCUGUGACUCCAUCGCUUGCAACAAGCCCCACGAUGGCUUUUAGUCCCUACCUGAGUCAUGUUUCUCCUGGGAUGGGCUUGGUUCCUGCAGAGCUUUUACCAAAUACUCCUGUCCUGGUUUCUGGGAAUCCUACUGUUACAGUACCAGGAGGCUCUGCUGGGCAGAAACUGAUGCGUACGGAUAAACUGGAGGUUUGUCGAGAGUUUCAGCGUGGAAACUGCACACGUGGUGAGAAUGAUUGCCGCUAUGCUCACCCUAUAGAUAUUGCAAUGAUAGACACAAAUGAAAAUACUGUUACAGUUUGCAUGGAUUACAUCAAAGGUCGAUGCUCUAGGGAGAAAUGCAAGUACUUUCAUCCCCCUGCACACCUGCAAGCCAAAAUCAAGGCAGCUCAACACCAGGUGAACCAGACAGCUGCAGCUGCAAUGGCCCUGCCGCCUGGUGCACUUCAACCUUUACCAAAGAGGCCAGCACUUGAAAAAAACAAUGGUGCCACCACAGUCUUUAACCCAAGCGUUUUCCACUACCAACAGGCUCUAGCCAACAUGCAGUUGCAACAGCCUACAUUCAUCCCUACAGGGUCAGUUCUGUGCAUGACACCCACUGCAAGCGUUGCUGCUGGGCACAGCAGGGUGGGUGAAAGCUGAGCUUUCAUCCUCCAGCCAAGGUUAUACAAGACUGCCAGCAUCCAGGUGUGUGCCUGCUUCAGCCAGAGGGAGAGAGGUGGGAGCAGGAGCCCCAGGGAAGGUGCAAGGCCCUUUGGGGAGCAGGUCUGAAAGCUUUGGUGGGAAUGGCUAAGCACUCUGCUUUCAAACCUUUCCAUCCCUAUAGUGCAGAGAGGACACACCGCUUGCAUGACAGGGAGCUGAACCCUUCAAACACACCUCUGCCUGUAGGAAACCCCAACCCACAUGCUCCCAACGUCCCGUGGCUGGAGUGUGCCCAGCCGCACGCACUCGUGCUCCCCGCUGGGGCUCGCCAUAUCUGCUGGGGUGGAGGGGAAGGCAAGUCUGCUUCUCCGCUGCAUGUUUGCGGGGAUGGCGGGGCCCUUUCCUGCAGGCUCCCCAGUCCCGCAAACCCCCCCUGGGUUUGGUGGAUGCCCAUGUGCGCCCCGGAGCAUCCUCUCCAGGGCUGUGCUCUGUGGGACACACAGCUCAGGGAGGCUGCCAAGCUCCCUGCUGCCAUGUUGUCCUCUUGGAUGCUCUUUCUGCAAAUUGUAGCUGUUCAGAUGCAUUCAUAUGUUUUUUCCUCUCGGCCCCCACCCCGCAAGAGGGGAGUUUUGCCAAAUCCUGUAGAAUUAAGGUGGAAAGGAAGCACGCUGAAUAUGUAUGGAGAGAGCUCGGGCUGCCAGCUGCUCGUUUGCCAUGUCUCCAGCUCUGUCCCUUGCCGAAACAUCGUCCCCGCUAGAGGCAAGAAAACCCGGUGAAAGGGCUGCGGCAGCCGCUGCAAAGUGCAUCAUGUACCUCUGGUUGCUGGCGGGGACGGGGUGGGGAGGGAAGGGGACAAGCUUUCCCAGGCGGGCGGGAGGGUGCGCUUGCCAAAAUGUCCCCACCCAAAGGAACGUGCACUGGCUGUGUCUAACUCCCCACGGGUGCAAGCUGACGUGGGCUUUUGCUAGCACACCCGCCCUCUCCCCCCUCUGGAAAUUUGGCCCUCGGAGUCUAAUACAUCAUUGUUCUGCUUAUAAAUGUACUAAGUGUUGAGAAUGUUUUGGUUUUUUCCUUAAUUAUAAUUGUAAUUGGCUUUUCCCCUUCUCUCUUGUUUAUUUUUUUUCCCAACGCUGUCUUGCUUUGCACUGUGAUUGCAUGCUGCGCCCCGAUGUGUCCUUCAUGACGAUGUCACAUGGCUUGUUGCUGUGAUUCCUGCCACGCCCCCAAAUCCCCCACAUGUUGCCAUGGUUACAUUUAAAAAAAAAAAAAAAACCACCAAAAAACCAAAAAAAAAUAUAUACGCUCCACCCUC